AUGGCAUCCCCGAGAAAUCUGUCUGUCUCCAUUGUGAAUCCCGGACCCGAGCACAUCGCAGUUACACAACGCACGGCGCCGUCCCUCGCCCCUAGCAAGCUUCCUACUCUGCCCUACUGCUCCGUACUCCUCCGCUCAUUACCCACAGACAUGGGCAACUCGGGUGUUCAUUCGCACUGGAGCAUGCUAUAUCCUUCCGGCCCCAACUCCAGCUCCAGCUACAGCUCCAACUCUAGAUCUCGUCGCAGCUCCAGUCACGGCUCCAGCUUCAGCCUGCCGCCGAUCACCUGCCAUCCUGUCCCGUCCUCGUCGUUGCCGCGAACCCAGUUUAAACCUCGCCGCCCCUACUACUACUACUACUACUACCAUCACCACCACCUCCAUCAGCAGCAGCAGCAGCAGCAGCAGCAUUUAUCCCUGCCGCCGCAGACAGAAGCAGCCGGGCAUUUAUGCAUCCGAACCGGCGCCAUGGCCGAAGCCACGGAACCGACCAUGGACUGCAACCUGCCGGAGUUGCUCGCUCAGGACCUUGAGUUCUCCAGCCUUAUCUUCGCCGCCAAGAACAUGACGGCCGGCGCACCCCCGCCCGCCCUCGCGUCCGACGAAGACGACUGGCAGAGCACCGCCGAGCCCCCGACAGUUCUCGGCGCAUCAUGCCACCCGAAUGCCGUGCCGCAGUUCCAACCCCUGGGUGCCAUUGACGAGAAGAGCUCCGGCAGCGGGGCGAGCGAGCAUGACAUCUCGGACAACGCCUCAAGCUCGAGCGGCGACUCCUUCAGCAUGGCCGGCAACGACGUCGACGUCGACGGCGACGACCACGACGACGAUGAGGCCGCCGAGUCACCGCACAUCCGCCAACAGUCCGUCAUGACGGCCGGCACCACCAUAUCCGCCUCGAGCCAGCCCGCGACGGUUGCACCCUCGCAAAAACGCGUCGUGUCAUUCGGCGGUGAGUAUGAAGGCAGUUUCGACAGCUGGAUGGACUUUGAGCCCGACGCCCCCGUCGACUAUCCCGAACUCGGCAAGAGUCUGGCGCAGUCCCCCGUCACUACGCCCGUCAAGCCGGCACGGCCUUUGUCCCGGCUAGGAGACCGGUCCAUUAACGAAUCGUCUCCGCGACGGGCCAAGAGCGCCAACGCCGCAGCCACCACCCGCCGGCUGUCCAACCCGUUUGAAGGCUAUACGCGGCCCGCCAGCCGGGCCCGGAGUAUGUAUUCGUAUCCGAUGACGGAGGCUGCCAAGGAGCAGAACCGUCAUUCGAUCCACUCGCUCCAUUCACUCACCUCACUCGACAUGGCCGUCCCCACACGUAGUUCGUCCCUGAAGCAUCGCGUCUCUUUCACAGACGACGCUCGGAAGGCCAUCAGUUCUCGAUCUCGGUCGCGGUCGCACGCUUCGUCGACCAAUGUCCCCGACCCCGUCGCUGUGCAGGGGACGAAUCGCAGCUCCGUCAUAUCCGAUCUCAAGGAGGAACUCGAGCCGUGGUUCCGCUACCUCGAUGCGCAGGACGAGCAGCCUCCAGGCUUAUCCGCAGGCCUCGCUCCCCCUUUACUUGUGACACCACGCCCGGCAUCCCGCUCCAGCGCCUCACGGAUAGUUACCCCGACGCCUCGUCCUCGCUCUCAGGCCCAAGCCAGGUCCCGCCCGACCUCGUCCCUGAGCACCUCCUACACCUGGCUCGAGGACCCAAUCGACAUCCCGCCGCCCCCGUCCGACGACCAGAGCCGCCGCAUCCCCCUGCCCCCCAACGUGAUGGAAUCCCUCCGUGUUUCUGUGACCUGUUUCCCCGAGACCAUGCUCCUCUGCUCCAGCCUCUCCAUCGAGACGAUCCGCAGCUACUCCCGCAAAGUCCGCCAGCCGCCCCUCGAGGCCCUCCGACCGGACACGCCGCCGACCUCGCCCAAACGAUGGCGCUGGUUCUCCUCCCGCCGGACGUCGAAUCUCGCCAACGGCGGCCGCCGCUGCUGCUCCCGCGGCUCCUCCUCGAACCUCGACCUCCCCUCCACCAUGCCACCGUCGACUGUGACUCUCACUCCGCCCCAGUGGUCCCGUAUCCGAAGCGUCUUCCCCCACGGCUCAGAUUACCUUUGCGAUGCCCUGUACGCACACAUUGUCGCGUACAACUACCUCGCGCCCAUGGUCCACAACCCACCUCCCGGCGGUGCCGGAAGGCCGCCCACGCCGGGAAGUCCCGCCAGCACGGAGGAUACCAUCCCCAAGAAGGCCGCUACCCUGCUUGGCCUGCAGGGGUGCCAGGAAACCACCACGCCGAAGCCACUGCGGAAGCGGUCCAGCAUGUUCCUCGGCCUGCGCUCGUCCUCCUGGCAGUCCACCUUUGCGGCACCGCCAUCGUCGGUGCCUACCACGCCUCUCACUGCCGCGCCGCUGCCGCCGGCGUCCGACAUCCCGCUGCGGGAUCUCCAGCACGGGCUGCACCGCUGCAUAGCGCGGCUCGUCACGACGCUGCGUGCCGAGGGCAGCGAGGGCCCAAUCGCAGGGGAGCCGGUCAACGACGUGGACCCCCUUGUGAUGCGGUCUCUUUGCGAGAUCGUCAAGUGCUGCGAGGAGUCGCCGACGAAUGACCGUUCUCUGUAA